ACAUCAUGUGCCACAUACCCAUCUUCUGCUGGAUCUCAUCCACUGUACUCCUCAAACAGGAUAACAGUUCAGAAGUCCCUCAGACUUUGACUGAAAUAUACAUCCACUUCCUUCUCACUCUGAUAAACAUGAGGAAUCAAAAAUAUGAGAAGAGAGAUCCAGAGGAACUCCUACAAUCCAACAAAGAAGUGAUUGUUAAACUUGCUGAUCUGGCAUUCAAACAGCUGACGAAGGGCAAUGUGAUGUUCUAUGAGGAAGACCUGAGAGAGAGCGGCAUAGACGUCAAUGAUGCCUCAGUGUAUUCUGGGAUUUGUACUGAGAUCUUUAAGGAAGAAUCAGUGGAUCAGAGGAAAGUCUAUUGUUUCAUACAUUUGAGUUUUCAGGAGUUUCUAGCUGCCUUCUAUGUGUUUCAGUCCUGUGUAAUCAGAAAUAUGAAAUCACUGGAGUUGUUUCUGAAUGAACAAUAUCGGUGGUACUGUUCAGAAAACUUCAUUUUUGAGCUAUUAAAAGCAGCAGUUGAUACAUCCGUACAGAGUGAAAAUGGACAUCUGGAUUUUUUCCUGCGAUUUCUGCUGGGCAUCUCACUGUUGUCUAAUCAGGGUCUCUUAUUGGGUCUUCUGAGAUAUACCGAGGACAGCUGCUAUAGCCUUAAAAAAACAACAUGGUACAUUAGAUACAAAGUGUUAAGUGAUGCACCUCUCUCAGCUGACAGAAGCGUCUGUCUGUUCCUUUGUCUGCUCGAAGUGAAAGAUGAGACUCUGUAUCAACAUGUUCAGACAUUUUUGAAGCCAGGGAAUCACUCAAUGAAGAAACUCUCUGUUGCUUAUUGCUCAACAGUAGCCUACAUACUUCAGAUAUCAGAUAAUGUGUUGGAUGAGUUAGAUUUGAAGAAAUACAACACAUCGGAUGAAGGUAGAAGGAGACUGAUACCAGCUGUGAUGAACUGCAGAACAGCUCUACUCGCUGGUUGUAGGCUUACUGUUAAGUGCUUUGAAAGUUUGUGUUUAUUUCUACAAUCACCAAACUCACUGAGAGAGCUGGACCUGAGCAAUAAUGACCUGCAGGAUUCUUAUGCGAAGCUUCUGUUUAAUGGACUUAAGAGUUCACAUUGUCAACUCAACAUACUAAGAUUGACACACUGUAGUCUCACUGCUCAGUGCUGUGAAAGUUUGUCUUUAGCUCUACGAUCAUCAAACUCACUGAGAGAGCUAGACUUGAGUCACAAUGACCUGCAGGAUUCAGGAGUAAAGCUUCUGUCUGAUGGACUGAAGAGUUCAUAUUGUCAUCUGAACAUACUGAGAUUGUCUGGCUGUAUGGUGACAGAGGAAGGCUGUGGUUAUCUGGCUUUUGCUCUGAGUUUAAACCUCUCACACCUGAGAGAGCUGGAUCUGAGCUACAAUCACCCAGGAAAAUCAGUCAGGCUGCUCUCUAAUCCAUACUACAGACUGGACAAACUUAAUGUGGAUCAUGGAGGAGAGAUCAGGAUUGUAAGAGGAGCGCAGAAAUGGAACCGAGGUUACGACAGUAACCAGAGAUGUUCCCUAUCAAGAAUGGUGCACUAGACAUUGCGUCAGAAGCUGACGCAUUUGCAGACUGUAUAGAACAACGCCGUGUGAACAGCGAAGAGAGAACCCAGCCUCGGCGGAGUUAACAGCAGCUGUACUAUGUAGAAGACAUAGUGUAAUCCCCUGUGGCUGCAGCCGGCGCCAGUAUCAAGCACACCAGAGUAAUCAAGCUAGUGCACAUAACGAGAGGUGAGCCAGAUCGGACUGGCACUUGGAUUUCUCCCAGCACUGGAACUGUAUCACCAGUAUAUGAUGAGAGAUGAAUUUCCACUAACUGCAAGGGGCAGUCACUCAGGAACUCCUUGUAUACCGAUUCUGGAAUUAGAGAUACAUAAGCGCCGGUGUCAGUUUGCAUGGUUACUAGGGAUGAGCGAGUACAGCAUUAUCUGUAUCUGUAUCUGUAUCUGUUAACCAUAUGAAUUAUCUGUAUCUGUAUCUGUACUCGGAGUGGGCGGGGCCUAACCCGGAAGUGGGUGGGAUUUAACCUGGAAGUGGGUCAUGUUGUAUUGAAAUGGGCGGGGCUUUAACCGGUAUGUUAUUUUAAGCAUGCAAUUGAUAUGGGUUGAUCAGAAAUUGUUAUAUUUAUUGCUGAUUAGAAAACUAUUUACAUGACAGCAUCAGCAUUGAGCUUCAGAUCAGUGGUUUUGAUCAUGAUAACAAACGAACUAUAUACAGAAUAAGUUUUGCAACAAUGAAUACAACACAUGCGGUUGCAAUUAUGAAGUAAAAUGUAAUGAACAAGAGUUUUCAUUUCAACAUAAUUUUCUUUUUUUAACCUUGAGCAGUGUGGUUUUUUUAUUUAUUUAUUUAUUUAUUUAUUUAUUUAUGAAAUACAGAAAAAAAGUGUCAGACACUCAGUGCGUGAAGUAAAAAAACUGGUCAGAGCCAGCUGACGGUUUAAAAAAGAAAAAUAAAUUCUCCGACAGGCAGAGACGCGAGUCGCUUUUACCAAGCACCACGUCUGAACAAACCCCACGUUUACCAAAACUCUACUGGUUAAAAAGUAAGUACUACAAACAAACCAAAGUAAAAAACAAAAGUGAUGCUGAAGAAACCCUAAACGUUAACGGAAAAAAACCCGCAAACCUGAGUGACUGAGGGAGAGAACAGAGAGAGAGCGCGCUGUUCUCUUCUCUUCUCAGUGUUCUGUGUGUGUGUGAGCAGAGCGGGACACAGCAACACA